GUUGGCUAUGUAUUUGAAUUCUCUCUAACCAAAUUUACAAUUUCUGAAUUAAGUUGCUGCAUAUUUUUCUAAAUAGAAAAGAGUUUUUUAAUUAUCAAAUCGUGUGCUGGUCUUUUGCGGCGCCAAUAUCAUAAAAAAUGGCUGAUUUAGACGAAAUGUUUAGCGUCUUUGACGAAGAUGCCGAAGCAGCGGGGGCUAAAACUACUGACGCAGCUCUGAUUGAUGUGGAGAAAGUGCAUAUCAGCAAGAGGGCUUUUGGAGAUGAAGGCAGUUCAGCUUCGACCGACCAUUCUGCGAAAAAACCAAAAUCUGACCUGGAAGCCCCAGAAAUUGAAGACACGAAAUGGGCGGAUAUGAUUCCUCGCAUGAGGGUUCACACCGUAGAAACCCUCGAAGCUUGCACACACGAAGUUGCCAUCCCACCAAACAUGAAAUACGAGCCUCUGAAACCACCAAUUGGAAAGCCGGCCAGAGAAUACCCUUUCACGCUUGACCCUUUCCAGAAAGAAGCCAUUCUUUGCCUGGACAAUGACCAGUCUGUCCUGGUUUCUGCUCACACUUCUGCUGGAAAAACUGUUGUGGCUGAGUACAGCAUUGCAAAGUCACUCCAGAACAACCAGCGGGUCAUCUACACAACUCCAAUCAAAGCUCUGAGCAACCAGAAGUACAGGGAAUUCCACGAGGAGUUCAAGGAUGUCGGUCUGAUCACGGGAGACGUGACUAUCAACCCAACUGCUAGCUGUUUGAUCAUGACCACAGAGAUUCUGCGGAGUAUGUUGUAUAGAGGUUCCGAAGUGUCCAGGGAAGUCGGCUGGGUAAUAUUCGACGAAAUCCAUUACAUGAGAGACAAAGAGCGAGGCGUCGUGUGGGAGGAGACCCUGAUCCUCCUGGCCGACAACGUCAGAUUCGUCUUCUUGUCCGCCACCAUUCCUAACGCCCGGCAAUUCGCCGAGUGGGUUGCCUACCUGCACAAACAGCCGUGCCAUGUCGUCUACACCGACUACCGACCCACUCCGCUUCAGCAUUUCAUCUAUCCCGCUGGCGGAGACGGAAUCCACUUGGUCGUCAGCGAAAAUGGUCAAUUCCGCGAAGACAAUUUCAACGCUGCGAUGGUGGUUCUGCAGAACGCGGGCGACGCGUCCAAAGGAGACCGAAAUAUGAAGGGCAGAAAGGGUGGACAGCAAGGGGAAAGCAACUGCUUCCGCCUCGUCAAGAUGAUCAUGGAACGCAGCUAUGCUCCGGUCAUUGUCUUCAGCUUCAGCAAAAAGGAAUGUGAGGCAUACGCUUUGCAAAUGUCUCGACUCGACUUCAAUACAGUCGAUGAGAAAUUGGCCGUUGACGAAGUGUUCAACAACGCUAUGGACGUCCUUUCUGAGGAGGACAAAAACCUGCCGCAAGUACAAAACGUGCUGCCACUCCUGCGUCGUGGAAUCGGCAUCCAUCACGGUGGCCUUCUCCCAAUCCUGAAGGAGUGUAUCGAGAUCCUAUUCUCUAUCGGUCUGAUCAAGGCCUUGUUCGCAACUGAAACGUUCGCCAUGGGCCUGAACAUGCCCGCUAGAACUGUGCUCUUCAGCGGAUUGAGGAAAUUCGACGGCAGGGACAUGAGGUUCAUCACUUCUGGAGAGUAUAUUCAGAUGUCAGGGCGCGCAGGUCGUCGUGGUCUCGACGAAAAGGGAAUCGUCAUUCUCAUCAUGGAUGAGAAAGUGAGCGGCGCGGAGGCAAAGGAGGUGUUGCAAGGCAGAGCGGACCCCAUCAACUCUGCCUUCCAUCUCACCUACAACAUGGUGCUCAAUCUGCUGCGCGUGGAGGAAAUCAAUCCCGAAUACAUGCUGGAGCGAAGUUUCUACCAGUUCCAGAAUCAAUCAUCCAUUCCGCACAUAAUAGAAAAGGUGAAAACUUGUGACGAGACUUUGAAAGAAAUUGAAAUUCCUCGCGAGUCGGAGAUUUCGUCUUAUUACAAGCUUCGUGAGCAUCUGAACCAAAUGGGAGAGCAGUUCCAGAAGUAUUUGACAGAGCCAAAGUACAUCGUGCCAUUUUUGCAGCCUGGCAGACUUGUCAAGAUUAAAAACAGACAGCAUGAGUUUGAUUGGGGAGUGGUUGUAAACUUCUCGAGAAAAAGAGUAGAAGACAAGCGCAAGAAAGCCGCAAACCCUCUCAAUGAGCCUGAUUACGAGGUUGAUGUGCUGCUUCACGUGGAGAAACCACCCGUGUCUGCAAGCGACGAGCCGAUCCCUGCCAAGGAAGGAACAGUCGGCCAUAUGGAAGUCGUUCCUGUUCUGCUGUGCGUCAUUCAGAAAAUCAGCUCGGUCAGACUCAAGCUUUCCAAAAAUCUCAAGAACUCGGCAAGCCGGAAUGACAUUCUCAAAGAUAUAGAGAAGGUGAAAACUGAGUUUUCUAAUGGAGUUCCUCUUCUGGAUGCAAUCAAAGACAUGAAGAUUAAAGAUGAAGCCUUCAACAAGCUGGUUAACAACAUUGAAAUGUUUGAGAAGAGGCUCUUUGAACACCCGUUGAACAAGGAUCCUGAGCUGGAGAUUUUGUACAACAAAUAUUUGGAAAAGAUCAAGGCUGAAGAAGAAUUCAAGGUAGCAAAGAAGGAACUGAAGGCUGCCAAGUCACUGCUGCAGAUGGAAGAGCUCAAGUGCAGGAAAAGGGUGCUGAGGCGUCUCGAGUACUGCAAUGCUGCCGAUGUCAUUGAACUGAAGGGCAGAGUCGCUUGCGAACUGAGCAGUGCUGAUGAGCUUCUUCUAACGGAAAUGAUUUUCCACGGAAUGUUUGGGGAACUGACGCCUCCUCAGUGCGUUGCCCUGCUCAGCUGCUUCGUGUGCGAUGAAAAAAGCAAUGAGUCCUCGCAGAUGGCGGAAGAGCUGACUGGUCCGCUUAGAAAAAUGCAGGAACUGGCCAAAAGAAUAGCCUUGGUGUCCAAGGAAGCCAAAUUGGACAUAGACGAAGAGCAAUAUGUCGAGCAGUUCAAACCAUACCUUAUGGACGUCACUUUGGCCUGGUGCAAAGGAGCGUCCUUUGCGCAGAUCUGCAAGAUGACCGACAUUUUCGAAGGAAGCAUCAUUCGAUGCAUGAGACGCCUCGAGGAAGCCCUUCGACAGUGUGUGCAGGCUGCUAAGACCAUUGGCAAUGCAGAAUUAGAGGCAAAAUUCACUGAAGGCAUUCGGUUACUCAAGAGAGACAUUGUGUUCGCUGCAAGUUUGUACUUGUAAAUCGUUAUCAUAUUAAUUUCUAGGAAGAAAUAAAGUUUCCUGCAGUUUUUCAUAA